GAGCAUAAGCAAUACCCUCUUUCUUUCUUUCUUUAGGGAUCAAUGAUUGGGAGAGAAUCGAAGGGGCCUAAAAUGGCCUCCCUCGCCGCCGCUCUUGUGGUGUUAGUGUCUCUUGGUUUGGCGACGGAGGCCACCGCUAAUGGGUACAAGUACUCAUCUCCGCCGCCGCCUAUUAGGCACUAUAAUCCACCACCAACUCCGGUUUACUCUCCUCCCCACCACCCUUACAAGUACAAGUCUCCACCACCCCCGGUGUAUUCUCCUCCUCCACACCACCCUUACAAGUAUAAGUCGCCACCACCUCCGGUGUACUCUCCACCUCCCCACCACCCUUACAAGUACAAAUCGCCGCCGCCGCCGGUGUACUCUCCUCCACACCACCCUUACAAGUACAAGUCUCCACCACCUCCGGUGUAUUCCCCUCCCCACCACCCUUACAAGUACAAAUCGCCACCCCCGCCAGUGUACUCUCCUCCACACCACCCUUACAAGUAUAAGUCUCCACCACCUCCGGUGUAUUCUCCUCCCCACCACCCUUACAAGUACAAAUCGCCACCACCGCCGGUGUACUCUCCUCCACACCACCCUUACAAGUAUAAGUCUCCACCACCUCCGGUGUACUCUCCUCCCCACCACCCUUACAAGUACAAGUCUCCACCACCACCGGUUUACUCUCCACCUCCCCACCACCCUUACAAGUACAAGUCUCCACCACCACCGGUUUACUCUCCACCUCCCCACCACCCUUACAAGUAUAAAUCUCCACCAUCUCCAGUGUACUCUCCUCCCCACCACCCUUACAAGUACAAGUCUCCACCACCACCAGUCUACUCUCCACCACCACCGGUCUACUCUCCACCACACCACCCUUACAAAUACAAGUCCCCACCACCACCCGUCCACCCUUACAAGUACAAGUCGCCGCCACCACCGGUGUACUCUCCACCUCCCCACCACCCUUACAAAUACAAGUCUCCACCACCCCCAGUUUACUCUCCCCCACACCACCCUUAUAAAUACAAGUCUCCACCACCCCCAGUGUACUCCCCACCUCCCCACCACCCAUACAAGUACAAAUCUCCACCACCACCAGUGUACUCCCCACCACCACACCACCCUUACAAGUACAAAUCCCCACCGCCACCAGUCUACUCUCCACCACCCCACCACCCUUACAAAUAUAAGUCUCCACCGCCCCCAGUUUCCUCUCCACCACCUCACCACCCCUACGUUUACUCAUCUCCUCCCCCUCCUCCCUACCACCACUAAGAAUGGGCUCCAAUACUUUCCCGGUAGAGGAUUGAAGAAUAUUGAGCUGAAGAAAGGAAGGGCAUGGCUAUACAUAGCAUUUUGAAGUUGAAGACAGAUUGAUUAAAAAAAAUAAAAUAAAUGAAAAAAAAAAAUCCAGAGAUAUUAAAGCAGCUCUAGUAGCUCUCUCUUUCAAUUAAGAAAACCUAGUGUGAUGAGUACGUGCUUGCAUGCACGCUCGGUGUAAUAAUAUAUAUAUAUAUAUAUGUUUCUGUCAUAUGUAUGUUCAGUUUGUGUUUUGCUUUCUGUAUUUCUCUCAAUCUCUUGUUAAACAAAUCUGAAGAGAGAUUAAUAAAAUAAUUAGACUUCAUGCAUGCA